UAUAAAUAGAUGAUUAAGUAGUUAUAGGAAUCAUUCAUCAAAAAACUAAAAUCAUACACUUUAGUUUUUUUUCUCAAAGAUCAUGAGUCUGAGAUCUGCUUUUGCUUUAUUGCCUCUCUUUCUUUUCUUGAUUGUAGCAAAUGUAGAAUCCAGAAAAGAUGUAGGAGAAUAUUGGAAGCUGGUGAUGAAAGACCAAGACAUGCCUGAGGAAAUUCAAGGUCUCCUUGACGCAAGCAAUAUAAAGAAUUCCAAGACUCAUGCUAAGGAAAAUAUGGGAGCAAUUGGAGAAUUUGAACCAAGACCAUAUGCUUCAGCUUAUGGAGACAAUGAGAUUCAUGCAAAGGAAAAUAUGGGAGCAAUUGGAGAAUUUGAACCAAGACCAAAUGCUUCAGCUUAUGGAGACAAUGAGAUUCAUGCUAAUGAAAAUAAGGGAGCCACCGGAGAAUUUGAACCAAGACCAAAUAUUUCUGCUUAUGGAGACAAUGAGAUUCAUGCUAAUGAAAAUAAGGGAGCAAUUGGAGAAUUUGAAACAAGACCAAAUGCUUCCGCUUAUGGAGACAACGAGAUUGGUGCUGAAUUCACAGAUGAUUUUGAGCCAAGACCAAGUAUGACUAAAUAUAAUGCAUAAAUGUUAGAAUGCAACUUCAAUCUAUGUUGGAGUAUAUUUAAAUAAGACGUUGCUUUAUGUUGAAUGAUGACUAAGUAUGUAUGAUGUGUUUAUGUAUUUAAGUUUUUUGAAUAAUUGUUGUAUUCUUGUUAGGUUAAGAGAUUGUCAGUGGAACUUCAACUUUUAUUUAUCAAACUUUAUUGUUGUUUUCUUGAA